GGGAACAGAGGCUUUUCUACGAUGCGCAACUUCCACCUGCCGAAAUGCUGUGAGGGCUCCUAGCGUCCCUCUCUAGAGACAGCAGUGGAGAGGUUGGAGGUCCCUCGCACAUCAAUGUCUCUCACUCCGAGCAGGAAGCCCUCCUCAGGUCAGCGCAGGCGCUCAGUGGGCACUGGUGGCGGUGGCGGCGGUGGGCGAUAUUCCCACAGUGACACAUCGAGUACCCACACGUACCCCGGUCGGGUUCGGGCAGCAGAGGGCAGCCCAACAGCCCGGACAUAUCCGAGCACACCGAGGCGUCAGGCAAAGCACACAGCCUGCAGCGACAACCAUGGGAUCAGACCCCCGACCCCGGAGCAGUACCUCACCCCUCUGCAACAGAAGGAGGUGUGUAUUCGACAUCUGCGAGCCAGACUGAGGGACAACGUGGAAAGACUGCAGCACAGAGACUGUGAAAUCGACGAGUUGAGGAGCCAGCUGUACCGGAUGCAGGAGGACUGGAUAGAGGAGGAGUGUCACCGUGUGGAGGCCCAGUUGGCCCUGAAAGAGGCCCGCAAGGAGAUCCAGCACCUUCAGGAGGUGGUUGAGACAGUGAGGUCCAACCUCCAUGUCCGUGAACAAGAACCCCACGACCACAAGCAAUACUCAGGGUUGCAGGGAGCUCGUGUGCCAGGGGGGAGGUCUCGUUCCUGCGGCUGCUCCCCAGCGAGCACGUUGAGCCGCAGCACCACCCACACCCGGCGGAGCAGCGAGGCUCUGCAGCUGGAGCGCAGCUCCAACACCCCUGAGGCCAGCAGAGGGCCUUACACAGCGGGACAAACCCACCUGCUCCUGGAGGCGGCCCUCCUAUCAGAGCAGCUGCCUCCACAGGGCCACAUCCGGGGCCCCCCGACUGUGCCACGCUCCUCCACCUACGAGCGUCUGUGCAGCGGGGGGGCGGUGUUGCCAAUCUCACACUCCUGCCACACUCUCAGCAGCAGCUGCAAGUGCAGUGGCCACACCUACCUCCCCCAUCAUCACCUGUUCCUGCAUUUACCUCAGGAGGAGGCCCCGGUGACGGUGGCUCCUGCUGCUUCUGAUCCCAUCCCGACUCCUUCUCCUGCUGCAGAGAGGAAGCCGGAGGUACGCUCCGCAGCCUGCAGCCCCACCAUGAGCUGGCUGUGUGAGGAGAGUGGUGUCGAGGAGCUGAGCGUCAUUUCUUUACCCACUGCUGACAUCACCCCCUCAGAACCACAUCAGUCGCUGCCUGCUGCGCCUCCUCCUGAGCACUCACACAGCGCCGAGCCGCCCGACAAACUAGAGGAGGUCGCAGAGACGCCAGCGGAGCCCCACACCUGCCAGCCCCAUCCGACAGCUCCGCUCCCAGAGAGGCAGGACGCUGUGGCGGUGGAGCUUGAAGAGGACAAUAAGGAUGAGGGUCCAAACGAAGAAGGGUACCCCCCUCAGCUCUGCCACUGGAGCCGAUACUUCCUCGUAGAUCUGUUGGCUUUGGCGGUGCCUGUGGUGCCGACCAUGGCGUGGCUUUGUCGAGGGGCCCCUCGGGAAGUCAUGCCGGUGUAUCAUAUCGGCUCCCUGCUGAGAGGUUGCUGUGCUGUGGCGCUGCACUCACUUCGCCGCCGGAGUGCAGGUCGGGGACAGAGGCCAACCAAUAUGAACGGAACGACGCCGAUCUGAGACUUUCUGAGAAACAACUCCCAACCUCUGCAGGCUGAGCGCACUGACUCUAUCUGGCCAUAGAGUGCCCCAGGAAUGACAUUUUUCUGUUGGUCAACCUGAAAGCUAACGUCUCCCUGGUUCCCUUGACAAAAAGCCGAUGGGAUUUUUCCAUUAGAUUUUGGAUCAUUGCAGAAAAUAAGCUCGUAAGCAC